UUCCCUCCCGCCCGCUCCCUCCCUCCCGGACUCUGCCGCAUUCACUCCUGCGACGGGAGAGACCCAGGGCUGCAGCAUGGCCACCCCCACCGAGGCACCUAGGCACGAUGGCCAUGGACCCCGGGAUCCCUUCUCCUACGACUACGACACCUUGCGCGUGGUUGGCCUCGUCCUGGCCAUUGUCAUGUUCGUGGUGGGCAUCCUGACAGCGCUGAGUAAAAAAUUCAAAUGUAAAAAGUCCAACUCCAGCCUAUCGGAGGCCAGGCAACCGGGAAAGACCCCAACUCCAGCAGGCAGUGCGUAGGCCUGGUGCCUGGGAUGUAGCGCCCCCCCUCUGGCUGGGGGGUGCAGACCCUGCUGCCCCCCCCUCGCCCAGGACGGCUCCAAGACCUCAGCUCCAGCGCCCGGCGACACCCGUGGGGGCAGGGAAGGGGAAGCCCUGUUAUCUGAGCCCCCGUCUUUUAGAACCUCCGCCUCCAAUUGGCUAGCGAGCCCAUUGCAUGCUGGGAGCAGGCACCAUAUGCAGGGAGGGGGGUGUCCCUUAGCCUCACUUGGCCCCCCCAUCUUGAUCCACUGGGUCCCCUUCACUUCCUGUCCCCCCCAGCGCAUGUGACCCCCCCAUGCCAUGACUGCUUUGCUUACGGCACCCCCCUCCCCGCUGCAUUGGGGGGAGUGCUCCAUGUGGGGGGAACGGACACACAUCACCAACACACACCCCCAGGCCCAGACGUGGGCCCCACCUGGGCAGGGGGCCCUGGAUGCUGACAGGGUGCUGCUUUCAUGACGUGUUUUCAGCCUCCGGCAGGGGGCGCCACCCCGUGGCUGCCCCCUCCACCCCCAUGCACGGGGCAGAGCAGACCCAGUGCUCAAUAAACAUAGGGUUGUUUCUUA